CAGCAGUGAAAAAUAUCAGGGGAAUUCUAUUUAGCUCAUUAUGUUUUCAACGGUGAUACAAACGGCAAUUUCCUUAAAACGUCACAAACAGCCGUUCAUUAUUUUGAUCUAUACCAUACUGACCACGCAGGUAAAAACUGGUUUCAUUUGUAAUUAGCUUUGUGUAGACAUUUUGGAGGCAAUGUUUCUAAAGCUGCUAUUGAGGAUACUGAGUCACAUCUGCAAUGACCCAUGGGAAGUGACUUCAUCGAUGACAAUAGCUUGAUGACGCGCGAAAAUUGCCCCGAACUUGUGCCCCGAGCUCUUUAUGACAACUGCACUAUGUUGGCGCCACUCACGAAACGAACGUGUGAGCAAAACAAGCCAUACACAAGUUUAAAGAUUUGUUUAUCAGGAUUAUGAGCGACUCAAAAGCAUAAUGAGAAUAAUCGGUGGUGGGAUUGAGGAGUCUAAAGACAUUAAAACACAAGUCAUGGCGGCCUUCAAGCGAUGGCAGACGAGAUAUAAACGAUACAAGCUCCAAAUUCCGCCUCAAAUGCGAAAUCGCAUCAUCCUACACUAUGGUUUAUUCAAGAUAACGUGGGACUGGUUGAUCAUGAUAUUUGUGUUAUACACAGCCAUAGAGGUUCCCUUUGUCGCUGCAUUUAUCAUGACAGAACCGCGAAAUCAAAGCGGUGAGUACCGCUGUAGAGUACUUACGAAGUUUCCUGAAGGUCUCCAAUACGAAAUACACCUCCACAUGCACCUCACUGUUCUCUCAAACUCCUUCCUCUUCCAUGACGCUGAAAGCAGCUGUUUAAGAAGUAUAUCAAUGCGCAUGCGUCGACACCAUCACCUUCCUGGCCACUUCAUUGUGUACGAAGGAGACGAGGUGAACACUCUUCACCUGGUAAAGAGAGGAAAAAUCGAGAUAAUUGUGGACGGAAAUUACAAAGGAAGAAUUGUUGAAGGUGACGCAUUCGGAACAACUCUAAGACAAGCAUCAACUAGAGCCCAGUCCGUCGUCAGUCUCCGUGCCUCGUCGUGUGUCGAUUGUCACGUGAUCAAGAURAAGGAGUUAACCGAUGUUUUGCAAUCCUAUUCUAAAACUCAUGAGUUCUUGCUCAACUUAAUGGAUACUGCUGACCCUUGGCCUUUGGAAGAGAAAGAGCCAGUCAAUGGAAAUGUCCAUUUCAUCCAAUCCGAAAAGGAAUUAAAAAACCGAAAGCAUCUCGAUUUUGAGUCGAGACACUUCGUAAGCCAAACGUACCGGCUUCGACCGAUCUUCGGCUGCAGAACGGGAGAAACAUCAAGUAUUCAGGAAGAGCCUAUACCUUUAGAAGAUUUCAGAAACCAAUCUGAGCAUCACAAUUUACGCGUACAUUCACCUCGAUUUGUCAAUAUUACUGAUUUGCGAAGCGCGACUCGUGCAGAAGAAGAAGAUGAAUUUGAUGAACAGGAAGAUGAUGAAUCGAUUGGAGAUUUGCAAAUGUCAGGAUAUCAAGAUGGUGACGAAGAAGAUCCCGUCCUUACAGACAUUAAGCUAACRUGUAGUGACUGUGAAAGCGAAAAAGGUCGGCGGACGCAAAUGGAAGAGAAAGUACGAGAAAUGUCCGACAAUAUUCAAAGACUUGAAAAGAAAGUAGACUCGUUGGUAAACGCUUUAUUAUCACAAGGUAAAGACACUAGCAAAGAUCAACCAUCAUUAGUUGAAGUACACAGCAGUCCGCAAAGAACUACUAACGUUUAGAACAUCUUUAUACAAACGUUUACAAGCGAAUUAAAUCCAUCAAAGUUAAGUUUGUUGGACAGCUUUUUAGAGCAGAAACACGAAGCAGUAUACUUUUUUGACAAGUCAUGUAUGCUACAAUUUCCAUAAUUUAGGAACUCGAGCAACGGUGAUCGGCCACCUCAUGCUUUUUCUCCCGUCUACUAAAACUCCGAAAAUUCAAAGUGUCGUACAUAAAAAUCGAAGUCAAAUGGCGAUUUAUUUUCGAUUUUAUCGGAAGAUUCUUGGUGAAAAUGAGAAAUUUCGGCGAAGUUCGGAGUUUUGAUUGACGGAAUCAAAAACAGAAAAUGGUACGUUUAGCGUAAGGCAAUUGAAGUAUUCUUAGUGCAGUAAGGAAAACAUUUCAUAUCUUAAAAAGCCAUCAGUAUCUGAGAGAAUUACAUUUGUAUGUGGCCGAAGAAUGUUGGCUUGACUUGAAAGAAUCUUCCCACAGCGCUAGAGCUACAAACAAGAUUACAUUGUUUAACAAGCGAGACUUGAUCAGAAAAGAAAAAAAAAACGUUCAUCUAUUUAUAACUUUUUAGCUUUCCAUUUUUUUAUAAGCAAGAAAACAAUGUUUUAUUAUACAGAUAGUUUUCGAAAGACUAUCUUUCUUGAGGUUUUCAGAACUUUCAACAUAGAUUUAGAUUCUAUUGUCAACUAGCAAAGGCUAGUACGAAGGUAGUUUUUACAUCGAAAUAUUUCAUAC